GGUUUGUUUUUGUUGAUUUCUCUCAAUUUAUUUAUACACAUUUAUACACACAUUGAAAUUAAUGCAUUUUUCUUAUGAUUGUAUUUGUGUUGCUUCUGCAGAACUUCUCUCCAUUUCCACUCCAUGUCAAACUCAAAGUCUUCACUUCUCGGCGAUGAUGGUUGUAUUUCUGUUUUCUCGUUUUCAAUUCGCAUUCGCUAGAAAGAAGUUGUCUCGUAAACACAACGAUAGCAGUUUUCGCUUCUAACGUUCGGCCUCAAUAAAAAAUAAAAAUAAAAAUAUAAGAUACAAAGAUACACACUGCCUUAACUCCCAUCAUCAAACUUUGAGGGGGUUUUCUCUUUAAAUUUAUAGAUUUCUACCAUUUGUGUCUUUUUAACGCCACUCGCUCCAGAGCACCACUACCACCGGUUCGCGGGUUGAAAAUAACUUUUGUAUAUUUUAAGUGAAUUUUGAAACAUUUCAUUUUGGAACUUUAUCUUUAAAGUGAAGAAAGAAAAAGAUUCUCCCAAAAAAAUAUCUUUUGUGAAAGGAUUUUAAAAAACGACUCACGAAACACUUGCCCUGCUUUGACAGUGCAAUAAAACGAAUUGGCAGCAGAGCAGCAGCAGAGAACUGGCAAAACUUGUUAUUUAAGGUUUGAAUGGAUUUUUGUUGCAACUUUUCUCAAUUUCGUGGAUACGAAAACGACCACGACGACGAUUCGAAUACAAACCAUCCAAGUCGAUAGUCGAGUUGAGUGUCGAUUCGAUUCGAGUCGACCAUCAUCAUCAACGACAACAACAACAACAAAAACAAAAACGACGAAUUUUAUUUUUUUGAUUUUUUCUGUUUUGUGUUUUUUGGACGACGAACAAAACGGCUCCGUGAGUUCGCUUUUGCUAACCCGUUUCGAGAGCCUUCCAGCCAGCCACGAAGAGUUAGUGGAUCGCUCACUCAAAUCGCUCUUCGUCGUCGUCGCCGCACCACCACCGAACUACAUAUCGAUGAGGAUCCAGAAAAAUUGUACCAACCAAACGACGACGUGACGUGUGUUGCACUGCACUUAGUACCUAUAUAGCUAAAAAGAACUCUCUACCUACCUUUACCUACUACCUACCUGUGCCAACUUUACCCAAGACCAAGAGUAUUGCAAUUGCAAGUUGUGUUUUCAGAUACAUCAAGGCAUAGGUACCUCUAUCUAUACCUGGUUUUAUAGAUUUUGCAAAACGAAUUUUACCUUUUCUUGUGUCGGUCGUCGUAGUCGUCGUCGUGAAUCGUGAUUUAACCGCCUACGCUGACACACAUAAUCGAAUGUGGUUUUUGUUGUUUUUGUGAAUUCAAAAAUAUAAGAAAACUUCUUAAAUACCCUUUUCUUCGUUCCCUUGUUGCCCAUAAUAAUAUUUAAACUCAAGACGGAUUUUUGUGCUAAGAAAAAAUAACUCUUUUUAAAAAAAAAGUUAUUAUUCUGGAUUGAAUUUAAACGAAAAAUAUAAAAAAUAAGUAUUAAAGUCUUAAAAGGAGACUAAAAUCAGCCAACGACGGUGGCAUUUAUUAGCGAAGGCGCUGAACGGCGGUGGGUUCGUCAGGCCGUAAUGGGGGUACUAAGGUGGCGCGAUCUACCUGGAUCGCGAUCUUCACUUGGGAAUAACAAUAAUAACAACAAUAAUAAUAGAAAUGAGGUAUGUUCAGUUCUUCGUCAAAACGAGUACGACUCUGUGCAUCAGGAACACAGAAACUUUAAAAACAAAAACACAAAGAAUCGUAACGAUGAACGCAUUCACAAUCCACACUCAUCCCAUGAGCAUCACAUGAACGGUUUGCAACAUUCCGGCUCACGAUCCACCCUCCGACACUCGAUGAGCACGCAAUCCACAUCAACCCCAGCGUCGCCUCAGCUAAGUGGCAUCCAACAGAACAAUCUCGCAAAUAAUCAAUUCUGUCAGUCACGCUCAUCGGUUUCAUCACAAUCGUCGAUUGUAUCGACGAUACCAGCCUCACAGCGUCUGCUGGAAGAUGCUCUAAGCAAGCCCAGUCCAUACCCGAUGAUCAUAUUGCCUGCCAAUGGGGGUUACUGGAUGGAUGGCACAGAUCAUGAGUGUGCUUUUGACUCACGUGGCAAUCCGGUAUUGCCACAAGCCACUUGGAUGGCCAAAUUCGAGACCGAUGAUACGGCCAAGUGUUAUCGACGCUUCUACGUUGCUCGAGAUCACUCGAACUUGGUGGCACACGACGAGCAAAUGGGCCCAGUUCUGUUGUCGAUCAAAAACGAGAAUGUUGCUAACCAAGAACACGUUCGUAUUCUUCUGCGACUUCAAACGGGAACCAUGCAUGAGAUAAUUCCACUCUCAUGCCUCAGCCCAAAUCCCAGCCCAUUCAAAAUGGCUCGACUACUUAAUGCGCAAAUCAAUGUGGACAACUUUAUGCCAGUUGUUUGUUCGAAAGCCUCGCAGCUGAUCUCCAACUAUGACGAACACGUUCUAGUGUCGAGCUUUAAGUUCGGUGUUCUCUACCAAAGAUACGGUCAAACCACUGAGGAGGAGCUCUUCUGCAACACUAAUUCCUCGCCUGCUUUCGAGGAAUUCCUCGAUAUCCUUGGCCAGAGAAUCAAAUUGAAAGAUCACAAGGGCUAUCGCGGAGGAUUGGAUAUACAAAAUGGUCACACCGGAGAAAUUGCCAUCUUUGAUAAUUUCAAAGAGCGCGAAAUUAUGUUCCACGUCUCAACGCUACUGCCAUUCACCGAGGGUGAUCCACAGCAGUUGCAGAGAAAACGACACAUUGGAAACGAUAUUGUGGCUAUAGUAUUCCAAGAGUCCAAUACACCCUUCUCCCCGGACAUGAUUGCAAGUCACUUCUUGCACGCCUUCAUUGUGGUCCAACCACUCGAACCGAACUCCCCAAACACUCGAUAUAAGGUCAGUGUGACAGCCCGUGACGAUGUUCCAUUCUUCGGACCGACACUACCCAGCCCGGCGGUCUUCCGGAAGGGUCAAGAAUUUAAAGAAUUCAUACUCACAAAACUCAUAAACGCAGAAAAUGCCUGUUAUAAGGCUGAAAAAUUCGCCCAACUCGAGUUGCGUACGAGAGCCUCGCUGCUGAAGAACUUAGUUGACGAGCUCAAAGAGAAGACUAGGGAGUUUCUAGGAUCGGACAUGUCAACGGGAUGUGCUGCCAGUCCCACACCAGAAACAACCCCCAAACCAGACACUGCAAGUGCUGGCAGCAGAUUCAUGGAUACCGUCAAAAAGGCGUUAAUCAUGAAAGUCCGCUCGCCAAGCAUAGACACAAGCAACAUCACGACGACGAACUCCGGUGAGAAAUUCUGCGUCAAUACAAAAACAAAAAAGGACAACACUCUGACCGAGACUCCUAAUCUCAAUACAUGCAGUCGAACAGGUUCGAAAUCCUCUUCAAAGUCAAAAUCAUCGAAUGAUUCGACUUCAUCCUCGCCGGAUAUAACAUCACGUGGACCGCUAAGCAGCGGUGGAAUAACGACAGUUAGUAAUAACAACAACAACAACUCUGGAAAUGUCUCGAAAGACCUACAAAACGGAAACGCCAACGGACUGGCCACUAUGUCCGAGACAAGUGAUGAUUCCAGUUUGAAUAGUGUUGAUCUUGAUCCGAUAAUGGGUCAUAUGGAUGGAGGGGCCGCUUAUAUUGACAGUGAUACUGGACUUGAAUCGAUGUCAUCGGCAGAUGCAACGACUAAAGCUUGUUCCAUCUGUUUGGAUGGCUCACAAGGUGUGAUGGGAAGUUCGCCAAGCAACGAAUCCGUAGUGGUUAUUGAUAAUCUAACGCAGGAAGUUACUCGAUUGAAAUGCGAUAAGCUUGACUUACUUCGACAGAAUGUGACGUGUCAAAGGGACAUUAAACGAUUACGAGAACGGGAACUCUCGCUACAGGGUGAUCUUGCUGCAGCUGGUAAGGAAAUUCUCCGGUUGCGAGAUCUUCUAAAAGAAUACAUGCCAGAAGCUGCCACAGCACCGCUUUCGAUCUCACCAAUGUAAGCUCAAGCUGCUCCAGCUCCCGCUGUUGCUGUUUGCGCCAAUCAAACACAAGUCGAAGUCCAAAGUCUAGAUGUUAGCGUUGUAAAUAGACAAACAUACAUAUAUAUAUAAAAAUUAACUUGCACUAUUAGACAAGUAUAAAAUUCAUUACCUUUUGCAAGAAAUACACCAAAUAUAUAUUAUAAGAGCAAAAAUCAUUAAAAACAGAACUCCCCAAAAAGGGAUCCUUGUUCAUCCCAUCUCUCCACAAAAAACAAAAGAAAAA